AAUCGUGGUAAUCUUUUUAGUGUUUGUUAAUGUCCACCUUUGGCACUAAAGCAAUUCCUUGCUUGUCAUUUCCUCCAAGCUUUUCUUUUGUUGAGUGGUACAUUACCAAUUUGGCAUUUCGCAUACACGAAAUUCUGAUGCUAUAUGUGGAUGAUUUACUUGAUACAGCACUCUCAUAAGAAUUUUUUUCUGUGCCUGUCCAAAAAUGGCAAGCUCAAGAAUCAACGAGGAUAGGAGCAACCGAUCUGCUGCUUAUAGAGCAGUCUUAGAGGGAAAAAAACAGUCAGUAGAAACCUUUCGCAGUUUCUGGAGGGAAGAAGGUGUGAAACCACUUGAUAAACGUGGUGAUACUGUUCUCCAUUUUCUGGCCGUUUACGGAAAUGUGGAUGCCUUCAGAUUACUUCUCCAGGAUGGUCUUGUGACAAUUGAAAAUCUGAAGGCAAAGAAUGUCAAUGGCCACACUGCAUUGCAUGAAGCUGCAAGAUUUGGCCACAAGGAUGUUGCAGAGAUCAUGUUAAGGACAGAAAAGGAUUUAGUGUCUGAGAGAAACAAACUGGGUGAAACCCCUCUUUUUGUGGCUGCUGCAUGUGGGAAAAAGGAAGUUUUCUCACUUCUGGAAAAGUACAUCGGUGAUUGCAUGAUGAGGAGGAAUGAUGGAUGCACAAUCCUUCAUGCUGCUGUAAUUGGAGGAUAUUACAGUAAGCUUCUCUAUCAAGUAAAAUGUAUUCCGGUCUUGAACAAGGAAUCGCAACCUGUCAGCAGUGCAGAAGAACCAAGCAAUUCAGCUUCCAUUCAUAAAUUGGACAGAUCUUCUUCUGUCAAUUAUAUAUUCGGUUGUCCUUGGCUUAAAGAAAUUGAUGAUGCAAAGCAAAGCCAUGCAGUUGCACUAAUGCUUGCAGAAAGGUUAAUCAGAAGAGAAGAUUGGAGCCACUAUGUGCAUACAGAGGACAAAGAUCAUGAAGGCAGCCAGUUCGGGAUAUCAUCAGAAAAGAAAAAUAGUAUGCCAGAUCCACUAAUACAAGCAACGAGACUGGGCAUCAUUGAGGUAGUUCAGGAAAUCCUCCGUGUCUACCCUGAAGCUGCAUAUACCUUCGAUGGAAAAGGAAGGAAUAUACUGCAAAUUGCAGUGGAGGAGAAAAAAUGGUUCUUGUACGACUACUUGAUGACUAGUAGUACUAACAUGGACAUGAUGCUAAGUGAUAUUGAUCACGAAGGAAAUAGCAUUAUACAUCUCGCAGCACGCCUGGAAUCCCCUCCCAGCACUCCCCCUGGAGUUUUUCAGCAAAUGAUGUGGGAAUUCCUCUGGUUUAAGCGGGUUCAAUAUGACUGUUAUCCAUAUCUCUGGGAACUACAAAAUUUUGAUGGGAAGACAGCAAAACAAUUAUUCGAGACGAAACAUGCAAGCCUACGUGAAAGUGCUGAGAAAACUGUGAAAGAAUUGGCCAACGCUGUGUUGAUUGUGUCUGUCCUCAUUGGUACCAUAAACUUUGCUGCAAUUUUUACUGUACCUGGAGGUUUCGAUCAAACGACUGGAGAGGCCAUUUUUCUCAAGAACCGGCCCUGGGAAUUCGGCUUGUUGAUGUUCUACUUAGCUGCAGGGCUGUUCUCCGCUCUGUUCACCAUGGGGCCUCUGCUUGUGAUCAUCUUUAUGCGAUUCGAAACUGAGGAUUUUUAUGUUUCCCUGCCCUUCUACUAUGUGACGGUCGUCAUUGCCUUCUUCAACUCUGCGGUCUUCACAAUCGCAGCAGCUGGUCAAGCAUUACUAGUGCAGAAAGUCGUGAUUACCGACGACAGGCUCCUCGUGGUGGUGAUCUUCUUUAUCUCUUGUCUGUUGGCCCUUGUUGGCCCUUGUGCUCAUGGACACAUCAUAUCUGAUAUUCGACUAUGUGUAUUACCAAAUUCGUUAUUGCCUUUGUUAUAG